CUUCCAUUUGAAUUACUACCAAAUACAGUUUCAUCCCACAAAGCCACCGACAUGAAACAGCUAGUUUUUCUCUCUCUCUAGCACGCUCUCUCUCUCUAUAAACCCGUCUGUAAUUGUGUGAUAACCUGUCUCUCUCUCUCUUCUCUUCUCUUCUCUUCUCUUCUGUGUGUCUCUCUCUCUAGCUCUCAGGCGUUAGGACUUAGGUUUUGGGAGGUCGACCUCAAGUUUGAGCUGAGUCGACCCUCUCUCUCUCUCUACUAAUGCUUCUUUUAUUUUGUUGAUAACCUAACUUUCUCUCUCCUCUUCCCUUCUCUUCUCUGGGCGUUAAGACUUAGGUUUUGGGAGGUCGAACUCAAAUUUGAACUGAUUCGACCCUUCCUCUUUCUCUCUCCAUGAACGCGUUACGCGUCUUUCAUUUUGUUGAUAACCUAACUUUCUCUCUCUAACUCUAAGCGUUAAGAGUAAGGUUUUGCGUGAUAAAACUUAAAUUCGAACUGAAUCCAGCCUUCUUCUCUCUCUACAAAGUUCUGUUUUGUUGGUGAUCACGGAGCAGCCAAUUAAGGUGGGUCUUUUUAAUAUUUAGGGUUUUGUGGAGAAUUGGGGGAUGAAGAGAGCCAAAUUAGACGUGUUCGUGUCACUGAGUCGGCAGAGAUCGAUUCAAAUUUUGAUCGGUGUAGGGUUUUUGUACAUAAUCAUGGUCAGCAUGGAAGUACCCUUCGUUUUCAGAACUGGGUUCGGCGCAGUGUCUCAAGAGGGCUCAAAUGUGUUCUUCAAUGAUGGAUUGUCUCGGCCGUUACAACUCGACAGCGAAGAGGAACUGGAGGAGAGAGAAGCCCCGAUUCGACCGUUAACGGUCCCUCUUAGGGCUUCGAAUCAGCCCUCCCAAUCUGAAACUAGAAGGCAAAUGACAGGGUACAAAACACUAUCAAAUUUGAAUCUUGAUGGUAUGGUUGUGGAUAGUAAUGGUAAAGAUGGGUUUUUAGGGAUUCUGAAGUCCGCAAAGGAUGCAUUUGAAGUGGGGAAGAAGGUCUGGGAAGAAAUCGAAUCGGGUAAAGUUGAAAAUGAUGUUAAAACUAUGGUAGAGAAUCGAACAGAAUCUUGCCCACAUUCAAUUACGCUGUCGGGUUCUGAAUUUUCGGAACGAGGGAAAGUUAUGAUGCUUCCUUGUGGAUUGACACUGGGAUCACAUAUAACGAUUGUGGGAAAGCCGAAACAAGCUCACCCGGAGCACGAGACGAAGAUAUCAUUGUUGAAGGAUGGGCAGUAUGUGAUGGUGUCACAGUUCAUGAUGGAGCUGCAGGGGUUGAAGACUGUUGAUGGAGAGGACCCACCAAGGAUUUUGCAUUUCAAUCCAAGGUUGAAGGGGGAUUGGAGUGGGAAGCCUGUUAUUGAGCAGAAUACUUGUUAUAGGAUGCAGUGGGGAACGGCACUUCGAUGUGAGGGUUGGAAAUCUAGGGCUGAUGAAGAAACUGUUGAUGGUCAGGGGAAAUGUGAGAAGUGGAUCCGUGAUGAUGAUGAUCGCUCUGAGGAGUCGAAAGCAACAUGGUGGUUGAACCGGCUGAUUGGCCGAACAAAGAAGGUGACUGUUGAUUGGCCAUUUCCAUUCGCAGAAGAGAAGCUAUUUGUCCUAACUAUUAGCGCUGGCUUUGAGGGUUAUCACAUCAACACUGACGGGAGGCAUGUCACGUCAUUUCCUUAUCGCACUGGAUUUGCACUUGAGGAUGCCACUGGGUUAUAUUUGAACGGAGAUAUUGAUGUCCAUUCCAUAUUUGCUGCUUCCUUGCCCACAACACAUCCAAGUUUUGCUCCCCAGAAGAUUCUUGAGAGGUCCAGCCGAUGGCAGGCCCGUCCUCUUCCUGAUGGACCUGUGGAACUAUUCAUUGGUGUACUUUCAGCAGGCAACCAUUUUGCUGAGCGGAUGGCUGUGAGGAAGUCCUGGAUGCAGCAUAAGCUUAUCAAGUCUUCAAAUGUGGUGGUUCGUUUCUUUGUAGCACUGCAUGUAAGGAAGGAAGUGAAUGUGGAGCUAAAGAAAGAAGCAGAGUUCUUUGGUGACAUUGUUAUAGUUCCUUACAUGGAUAACUAUGACCUUGUUGUUAUCAAAACUGUUGCUAUCUGUGAAUAUGGGGUUCGUACACUGUCUGCAAAGUAUAUCAUGAAGUGUGAUGACGACACAUUUGUUAGAGUGGAUGCGGUUAUCAAGGAAGCCGAGAAAGUACGUGAUGCUAGUAGCUUUUACAUUGGAAACAUCAAUUACUACCAUAAGCCUCUGCGCUAUGGUAAAUGGGCAGUCACAUAUGAGGAAUGGCCAGAAGAAGACUAUCCGCCUUACGCAAAUGGACCAGGCUAUAUUGUGUCAUCAGACAUUGCCCACUUCAUUGUAUCUGAAUUUGAGAAACGUAAAUUAAGGUUGUUCAAGAUGGAAGAUGUGAGUAUGGGAAUGUGGGUGGAGCAGUUCAACAACUCGAGACCAAUUGAGUACAUACACAGCUUGAAGUUCUGCCAAUUCGGGUGCAUCCCAGAUUAUUACACAGCACACUACCAGUCUCCAAGGCAGAUGAUCUGCAUGUGGAACAAAUUGCAACAGCAAGGAAAGCCUCAGUGCUGCAACAUGAGAUGACAAUUGCUGUAUGGUGGCAAGGGACAUAAUCUGAGAAUAUAUGAACGUGGAGAAACAAGUUUUGCAGUCAUAGUGUCAUAUAUUGUAUACAGAGGGUUGGGUCACAUAUACUAGGGCUGUUUAGGGGCCCUUAGAAAUUCCAUUCGCUCUCUCUCUCUCUCCCCUUCCAGUUUUCCCUUGUGGAUGGAAAACAAUGAAGCUUACAUGUGCAGUAGAGAUUUCCAUACACAUCUUAGCUCUGUAAUUUACAAUAGAAUCACACCAGAUCGAAAUGAAUUGUUGUUCGAUUUUAAUCAAUGGGGAUGUCAGUAGUUUUCCUCU